AUGCUCAGGUACCAGCAGCGCGUGCGGUUGCUGCGCAUCGGCGUCUUCAUGAUGAUGACCAUGGGCUUCCUGUACCAGGCAUCCAAAGUGGUUGAAGAGUACCUCAGCUUUCCCAGCGCCGUCGACGUUCGCAUCGAGGGCACCGAGGUGCUCCUCUUUCCUGGCCUCUCGGUCUGCGUCACCAACUGGGUCAGCAAGACCAAGCUCUGCGAGCACUAUCCGGAGUUCUGCGAUACUAACACCACUAACAUAGCAGAGCUGAAAAGACUGCUGCUAACCGGUGGCAACCUUGGCGACAUAGCUCACAGUUCUGAAGAUGUUCUGCAAAUUGGCUUUGUGAACCCAACGCAGUAUUUCUUCGAGUUUUACCUGAGUCCAAACGUUACUCGACAGUCAUACUCCCGCCUGCCAAGCCAGAUGUGCUACACUAUGAAUUGGAGGCACGACUCCAAGAUCGACACCGUCCACCAAAACGUCUUGGCCUUCGAGAUGAACGUGCUGUUUGCCUGGCCAGAAGACGACCUCGUAGAACUGGAUGAAUUCGAAAUGAACCUCGGCUUUCACCACGUCGACACAAACACAGCGGGAAAGAAGCACGCCAUGGCUUUCAAGCCGUCAGGCGACUUCGUCUUCGGAAUCGUGCAGGAAGGAGUCGUAUCUCUGCCAGCUCCCUUCGCCACCAAGUGUGACAACUACACCCGGUACCUGCGCCUACCAAACUACAAGGUCCAGUACUCAAAAGAGAUAUGUUACGAAGAAUGCCGGAAGGAGAUAACGCGUGAAGUGUGUGGAUGUAUCCCAAAUGAUUACGCCUGGCGAAAUCACAUAAGCGAAUACGUCUGCGACUUGCUCGAUACCAUGCACUGCGUUCACACCGAUGGCCGAGAAAUGUACAGCGUUGUCUGCAAUGAACGCUGUCACACGGCGUGCAGGGAGACCAUCUAUAAAGCAACCCAGUCGGCAUGGAAACAAGUGACCAGCAUGUCUAUGGAGGGGCUCACAUACGUCAAAGUACGAGCGCUAAUGACAUCGCGGAGUGUCGACGCACUGCACUUCAUUCCUCUGUUAACGGGCACACAAGUGUUGGGCCUUGUCGGAGGCUACUCUGGGUUCUGGAUGGGCGUGGCGAUAGUGGUGGGUGCCACGGAAAGCGUGCGGGUGGUCUUCGACUUCUGGCGACGACGUGUCCGAGCUCGGCUCCACAAGGCCGAGAUCAGCUUCCUGUUCCGCGUGAUCAAGAUGCUGUUGGUGCAGGGCUGCUUCGUGGCGUGCGCAUUCAGCAUCUACAGGGACUACGUCAACUACCGGCACUACUACACGGCGGUCACCUACGAGCAGCAGAACAUCCGCGGCGUCAUCUUCCCCGCUGUGACCAUCUGCUCAUACGAAGCGGUGAACUUCACUAGGAUGUGUGCAGAGUACGGAAGGUACAACAAAUGCGUCACUGCUUCUUUUGAUACAACUGUAGGUAACGAUAUCAUCGCCAUGAAGUACGUCAUCAACUACACCUAUCCUCCGGCUGACGUCUUUUCGAAUUGCUCCAUGACCUUCUCCGGAGAGAUCUGUGAAAGCUUCAACUGUGACAAUCUCUGGGACCCAACGUACACCUUUGUGAAGACCGGCGUCUGCUUCAUCCUCAACAUCGGAAGGUCACCGGAACUUCAGAGAUGUCAAGAGCAGUACAAAUACCGGCUCAACUUCCGCGUUCGCGCGGAUACCAAAGAUCCUAGGAACGAGAACAUGGCCUUCUCGGCGUUGGUGCACGGUCCCAGCAGCUACACUUCGGGAAUCAUCCACACCUUCCGCUUUCAGGCGGGUCGCAAAUACACUAUCUCCGUCGCUCAGACAGAGCUGGUCUCGUUGCCACUACCGUACGAGACGCGUUGCAUCGACUACGUCGCUACCGCGGAUGAAUAUCUGUAUGAUGAGAAAGAGAUUCAAGAGGAGGCAAGUAUACAGCAUAUACCGCCGUUUCGUGUCAAAUACCCUGAUGUGCUCGUUUGUUGUUUCGACUUCUGCCACCAGGAGUGCAGCGAGUUCUGCGUGGCGCAAAGGUGGAUAGCGACGUGUGGUUGCUUCUCUAAAAUGUACGCCGUCAAGCAUCGCAUGAAAGGAACAGUGUGCGAAUAUGUCCCACAUAUGCGUUGCAUCGACGAACUGAUCCGUCAGAAGUGGUUCGUGUCCUGUCAAAACAUCUGCACCCGAGGAUGCAAAGACACUCGUUAUAGAGGACUGAUGUUCCAAACCGGAUUCAUCACGGAUUACAUAAGAUACGAAAACCUCGAGGCAGACCUCACGGUCGUCCUCGGCUCCACGAAGCGCAAGAUUGUGAGCAACCUGCCAAGAAUGACGAUGGCCGACUUCUUGCUCUACCUUUCCGGUCAUGUGAGCAUGUGGUUGGGCGUGUCGCUCAUCGCGGCGGGCCCCCUGGUCGUCGAUGGCGUCAAGUAUGUGCAGCGGUUGCUCGACGCAUUCGCCACCUCCAUGGGCUUCGUCGUGGACUAGUGACGACACAUGUCUAGCGCGCGGACGUCUUGCACAUGCCAGGACUGCUGUGGUUACGGAAUCGACCUGCCACACCAUUGCAAAGCCCGCCUCCUACUAACAAAACGGACAGA